AUGGCUGAACGCGUGCUCUGGCUUGUUCCGGCCACUGUUCUCGUCUCCUCCCUCCUCGUCUCGACCUCCAUUCGUGUCCUGGAGCUCGCCCGUGCUCAACUUCAUCGCCCUGAGUCGCUGCUCCGUCGUGAGCUGUCCACCGUGUUCCCCUCCUCCCAGAGAGCCUCCCCACCCCACUCGUUCGACCCCGGAGUCCCUCUGGCCGCGCCUCCCGGUGCUUGGCCGUCGCAGUUGCUCUCGGCCACCUCCCCGACCGAGUCCAUCCGAGCCUCCUCUCUCCCUUCCGUCGCCACCUCCAUCUCCUCCGCACUCUGGCGGUUCGCCCCCACCCCUCAGCCCUCGCCGGAGCUGCCCACAUCGCCAAAGACCACCGCCGCCCGCCGUCCUCUGCCUCCCCUCGGUCCUCCUCCGCCCCGCGUCCUCCUCUCCUCCCCGGGGCCGGCCGACCCCCUGGACGGACGCGCCACGGCGGGCCGCGCCCGCCUGUGCCCGCGCCCUGGCCGUAGCUGGCCUGGACCGGCCGCCCCAGCGCCGGAAUCGCCCCUGUCCUCCUCUGCUUUUUGUCGUGGCCAGGCACGGGAGGAAGAAGAAGACAGGGGGAGGAGAGAGAAGGAUAAGGUGGGCCCCGCAUGUCACCCUCUGCUCGUUGACCCCGCCACUGCCACGUCACGGAACGAGUGGGAUAUGCCAUGGCCGCCCGCGGAAGCUCCGUCAUCGCCGGGAUCAACUUCCUCCGGCCCCGGCCUCGGAUCCGACGUCUCCAGCCUCCCUGCUGCCUUGCUCGCCCGCGCCAAGACCUCGCCUCUGCUCCACCUCAAGGCCUCGCCGUCGCUGACGGACUUUGUCGGAGUCAAGCCGCCUCGCAGGCCCUCUGCUCUCCUGCGCCUCGUCCCCGACGCCGGCGAGUCCAGCCGCCGAGCUCAAGCUGCCUCGCCGGGUCCGAGCUGGAUCCAUCUGGCGUCGCCGUUCCCCAGCCUUGCCCGCAUCAGGAUCCGCCGGAUACGGGCCAUUCCUUCGUCGGUCAGCAAGCCCCAUCACGGCCUCCUUGUUUCCUCCCCCAUUUCUUUCUCUCCCUAA